AUGGAGGAUCUUAGGCUGUCGGUAUCUUACAUGAAGUGUUACAGAGCCAAAGAGCAAGCAAUGUUUGAGUUGAGGGGACCAGAUGACGACUCGUAUAUGAAGCUGGCUGAGUAUCUUUAUAUGCUAAAACUUGCUAAUCCCGGGACGAUAGCUGAUAUUGAGACAGAGGUGGACGACGAGGGUGUGGAGCGGUUCCUUUACAUGUUUUUGGCGUUUGGGGCAUCUAUUAAAGGGUUCCAGAAGCUGAGGUAUGUGUUGGUUGUAGACGGCACACAUCUAAAUGGGAAGUACAAGGGAGUGUUGCUUACAGCAAGCAGACAAGAUGGCAAUUUCCAAGUGUUUCCUAUGAAGGUUGAGAGGCUAUUGGCGGAUUCGAGCAACCUUGCUAUAAUAUCAGACAGGGCCACUUCAAUUGCCAACGCGGUCAGCUGUGUGUAUCCACAAGCCCAUCAUGGGUUUUGUAUCGUCCAUUUGGCCAGGAACGUGAAUGCUAGGUUUUCUAGCAAGGGGUUAACGAGGUUGGUGAUUGCGGCUGCGACUGCGCAUAGGAUGAGGGAUUACAAAAACUUCUAUGACAAGAUCAGGGCGUCAAACAACGAAUGUGGGGUCUAUUUGGGGAAGAUAGGGUCUGCACGUUGGUCUAGAACGUACUUUGGGGGGCAGAGGUAUAAUAUAAUGACUAGUAACAUAGCUGAACAGCUUAACAUAGCUGAACAGCUUAACAACACAUUGGUAGAGGGUAGGUCGUCCCCAAUAAUUGAGUUGGUGAUGUUCAUACAAGGGAUGAUGACAAGGUGGUUCAGUGCAAGACGUAAGAAGGCCAAUAAGCACCGGGGUUUGAUGACAAUAGAAGUCGAUAAAGUGAUGACGAAGACCAUGGCGAUGUUUAGGGGCAGCAAGGUUAACUCUAUUUCUAGCUGGAGCUGCCAAGUUGUUGGGAAGUUUGGUGGUUCUGAGAGUGUUCAGUUGGAGCAGAAGAAGUGUACUUGCAAGUACUUUGACAACAUGAAGAUACCAUGUGGGCAUGCCAUGAUUGCAGCCGACAACAUAUGGCUCGCAUAUGAGACUAUGGUAGGACAUUGGUACAAGACGGUGGCGUGGAGGAAAACCUAUGCAGGUAUUAUUAGCCCAAUUGGCGACCCUAGGGACGAAGAUAUUCCAGACGAUGUCAGGGAUGCAACGUAA